AUGUCUCGAUGUCUCGAUUGCUCGUCUGAACCUGGCUUGUGCCUCGACUAUGUCAAACAUAGAUCGUAUAUCUUAAUUUGCAUCGGUCCCCCGUCGUAUAGCAUACUGUGCGCUCUUGGUAUCCGAAGUGAACGGCUUUCGGUUCAAGUCACCGGUCUUUCAGGACCUGUCACGAUGGCAAGCGUCGAAGGACCAGAUCCAUGGCAUAUUGAGGAUAUUGUGUACUUAGCAGUGGUCACACCGGUGCUAUUAGCCGCAGCCUUUGAAUUGCUCCUUUUGCUUGCCGCGUUCUUAUACUGCCUAGUCAAGGUUUAUCAAAAAGCGGAUCGCUUGAGCAGCCGGAUCCUUGCGGCUAGUAUGAUGGUUCUCCUUUUCUUUUUCAGGGGCAUAUUUCUGCCGGUAUUGGUCUUUACGAUUCCCUUUCCACAGCAAAUUUCGCGGCAUUGGCCCCCUGAACUCGUUACUUUCGUCCAAUGGUUUGCCCUUGGAGCUUUCACCGUGCUACUUGCUGUGCCCUGGUCUGUUUGCGUUGGCAGAUUGAUCAUAACAACAUCCUCGCGGCGGCCGGAGAAAAUAAAACAGGCCUUUGCCAACCGCACCGCGCCUAAGAUCGUCAUCGUCAUGCCAGUAUACCAGGAACCUCCUUCGGAGCUGAUCAAAACCAUUGAUUCGGUGGUCAACAGCGAGUAUCCGAAGUGCCGUAUCCAUCUGUUUAUUUCAUAUGACGGGGUCACCAUGGACGAAUCCUACUUGCAAGUCAUCCACCACCUUGGGGUUCCGAUAGCAUUGGAAAGCUACCCGCAGAGUAUCGACGUGACAUACAAGGGCGUGAAAAUGACCGUAUCUCGCUUCGUACAUGGAGGCAAGCGACACUGUCAACAACAAACGUUCAAAUUGGUCGACAAAAUGUAUUUCGAAUACAGCCAGCAGCACGAUGACUUGUUUAUGCUUUUCAUUGAUUCCGAUUGCUUCCUGGAUAAAUUCUGCUUGCAGAACUUCGUGUACGACAUGGAGCUCAAGCCGAGGUGCAAGCGGAAAAUGCUGGCAAUGACGGGCAUCAUUACAUCGACCACGGAGAAAAACAAGCUAUUGACCUUGUUGCAAGAUCUGGAGUAUAUCCAUGGACAAUUCUUUGAACGGUCCGUAGAGUCGGGCUGUGGCGCUGUGACCUGUCUUCCCGGGGCAUUGACAAUCCUCCGGUUUUCCGCAUUCCGCAAGAUGUCCAAGUACUAUUUUGCCGAUAAAGCCGAGCGAUGCGAAGAUCUCUUUGACUAUGGAAAGUGUUACUUGGGAGAAGAUCGCUGGCUCACACACCUCUUUAUGAUCGGCGCAAAAGAGCGCUACCAAAUCCAAUUGUGUACGAGUGCAUUUUGCAAGACAACCGCAGUCCAGACAUUCUCUGCCCUGAUGAAGCAACGGCGACGAUGGUUUCUUGGCUACAUUACCAAUGAAGUCUGUUUGCUGACCGAUAUCAGACUGUGGAAGCGCUAUCCGUUGUUGUGUAUCAUUCGGUUUAUGAACGAUAUGAUGCGUACAACCACGCUGCUCUUCCUCGUUCAGACCGUAUCCCUCAUCAUGACAUCGGGCCGGCUUCACGGUUUACCUCUUAUCAUCAUAAGCGUGUCCCUGGUUCUCAAUUACUCGCUCAUGUUCUAUCUGGCCAUCAAGCUCAGACGAUUGAAAGCGUUGCUCUAUCUGCUGAUGUUCAUCCUGAUGCCUCUGUUCAAUUGGCUGUUCCUAGUGUAUGGGAUAUUCACUUCAGGGCAGCGUACGUGGGGAGGCCCUCGGGCCGAUGCCGCCAAAGCCGAUAAAAACACGACACCGGAGCAGGCAGUUGAGCUGGCCAGGGCUCAAGGCGACGAGCUAAAUGUGGAGGUCGAUACGUUCCGGCUAAACACCGAAAAGCGAACGGUGCCCGUUCACCCGUCGGAGAAUCUCAGAGGACGAUUUUCUGCGUCCCCACAGCCUGGCAGUUACCCCGUUACCAUCGUAGAUGGCUCCGGAAUCCCUCUAGCCAGUACCAUGACACCUCUUCCAAGUGUGCCACGCAUAGGCUUACAUCCGGACGGUUCCUCCGAGUCAGUCUUCACGUCCGAUUCGGAUUCCAAUUCCAUGUCUCUCCCACUCCCCGUAGAGGGCAUCCGGGUGCUUCCUCAAAGCACGAUCGCGUGUCACCAUGCGGGCAGCGCGGACGAAACAUGUGUACAGGCCAGUGGAUGCCGCGAGAGAUCACAGUUGGGUGAACCAAAUGUUCAUGAACAUUGGCUAUCGGUGGAUUCCACCUGCGAGUUAACGGAUGGGACACCUCGCGUUGCGCAGGCGUCACAAGACCCGGAGCAUCCGCCCAUUCCCAGCGGUGCGACUAGGAUGUCUCGAAUGCUGCAGCGGCCUCGGCCGGGACGUCGAGCAAACAGACCGACGCGGACCCAGAUGCCAAGGGAUCCGGAGCACAUGGUCUAGCUGCUCACACCACAUGAGCACGCCGUCGAGAAGGAUUUGGCGACUGCCACGUAACCCGGGCAUCGCACCGUCUUGAUCAGCCGCACCUCGAAUGAUCCCCCAGGUCGACCAGG